AUGGCAAGUCGCUUGUUUUGGCUCUCGAGGACGGAACAAUGCGCAUCUGGGACACAGAUAACUGGCAGACCCUCUCGCUUCAGGAACACUCGCGUUGUCAGGUCGUUCACGUUCUCGCCCGAUAGCUCUCGCUUUGUCUCUGGCUCUCUAGAUGAAAACAUGCGGAUAUGGGAGGUACCAGGUGCAACCAUCAAGCAAGCGAAAGGCGGUGACUCGACAGGCUACGGUCGCUGGGUUACACCAGUAUCGUUUUCGCACUGCGGCUCGUAUAUCGUAUCCAAAUCCCACGACAUGACAGUUCACACGUGGAAUAUUCAAGCCGGACAGCCAACAUAUACUGCACUCAUGGAACAAAAAGAGCAGAUACUCUCAGUUGGGUUCUCCCCUGACAGCAGUCACAUCUACCCAGUAUCAAGAGAUAGAAUGGUUUAUGUAUGGCAACGGCAAAGCAGGAAGCUGGAGUAUACAAUUGCCGUAUUUAUGCUUGAGGACAAACGCGUGGUCUGCGGCUCGAAAUCGGGCCGAACAUACGUAUGGGACAACGACAAGAAGACUCACAAGUUGACCGGCCACGACAAAGCAGUAUACUCGACCGCAGUCUCGCCCGACUGUCAGACCUUUGCGUCUGGUGACAACGGCUGGCGGUUAAUGAUGUGGGAUGCUAGUACUGGGAAACAACAAUAUAGCGUGAUAAGAUCUUGA